UUUCAAAUAAAAUUUUAACUUAUUUAAUAAAAAAAAAAAUGGAAAACUCAUCAAAAAAUAUUAAUUUCGAUGAAGUCGCCAAAGUUAUUACCUUAAAUUUCGAAGAGCAUACAAAAGUCAUACAUAAAUGUUGUGUUAAAUCAUCAAUCAUUCCCCUGGCCGACUACUAUGAUGCUCUACAAAAAGAAUACAAAACUAUCGAAAGUUGUACAACUCCUCGAAAAGAUAAACCUGAUCCGUUAGAGUAUAUAGAUUUAUUCAAGGCAUUCGAUGAAUAUCCCACAAAUCUACCCAAACCGAAGAAACAAACAGCUCGAGAAAAUGCUCGUCUCCAUUCGACAAUGAAAUCAUCCAAAACCAAUUCUUCUUCGGUUUCCAUUAAUUCGUCCAAAUUGGUCGAUGAUCAACCAUCGGCAGCUGUCAUUUGUAAAGAAUUUUCAAAAUUCUCUGAAAAGCUGGCCAAUUUUAAAAAGGAAUUAGCUGAACAAUCUUGUUCAAAGGAAUACAAUGAGAAGCUAGAGAAUAUAAACACGUUUGCUAGAGAAUUGGAUAAACUAUCGCUCUCAGAAGAGACUGGAAAUGAUGCCUUCACAGAAGAAGAAGAGGCAAAAAUUAAACAAAUUUCAAAGAACAUGGAACACUUUGCAUUUAUUCAAGAAAAUCAAGAUCUUUAUAGUAAUUCAACUCCGACCGAGGCAAGUCCCGGAAGAUUGAAUGAUUUGGUUGACAUUGUCACCGAUGCCCUGGUGGCAGUUAAUUGUUAUAAACCUUAAUAAAUAAAUAUUUAAAU